CUCGUCAUCUUAUCAAUAGGGCAUUUUAGCAAUCACUUCGCAGAAGCUUUCUAUAACGCUGAUAAUCUUUUAUCAAAAACCCUUCAUAACAAAGCAGCCUUUGUCGAAAAUCGGUGAAUCAAAACAGCAGUGUCGUCCUGGACUCUGGACAAACGACAUAUUUGCAUUUUUUGUCCGCUCCGAAUCUGCAGACGAUGUGUUGUCCCGGUCCUCCAACAUUCGACAGCGGCCUCUAAUCUCUCCAUUGCGAUUUGACGGGGUACUCCCAUCUUUGCUAAAACCCUUAGACAGUGGGUCAGUAUUUCAGUUUGUUCGCGAACUUGGUAUUCUGUACGUUUCUUAGAGGUUUCGCAAGUUCAGAUUUCACCGGAUUAUUAUUGUCAAACUCUGAAGAUAAAAGAUGUCAUCUGUUCCUGUAUUAUAUCAUGCCGAAAGUUCAUUCUAUUCGCAAAGGGCUCGCCUUUCUUUCGCAGAAAAGGGCAUCAGAUACAAGAGUCAUCUGAUCAACUUGGUGUCUGGAGAGGUCCACGAAGAGUGGUUUCUAAGAAAGAUCAACCCUAAAGGCCAAGUCCCUGCUAUGGAACAUCUUGGUCAAUUUUAUACAGAUUCCCGAGACAUCAUAGAAUAUGUUGAUACCCUGCCAUCUGACCGACCGAAACUCUGCCCCGAUGGUACCACAGAGUAUGCAAGAAAGGUCAAGUACUACCGCGAUAAAAUAGAAUCAAUCAAUAUUCCCGUAGUCUCUUUUGGAUCUUUAUAUCAUCGCCAUCUUACUGUGAAUGCCAAGGCACCAAGCUUCUUCAGCAAGGAGCAAGUUAAAGAGAAGCUUGCUGCUUCGGAAAAACAUAUGGCUUCGGUACAGGAGAGUUGUCCAGAUCUGAAAGUUUUUCUCAACCGGCGGAAAGAAAUGAGCAAAAUGAUGGAUGUUAUCCAGGACGAGGAAAAGGUUAUAGCCGUCUUAAACGACGCCGACAGAACUCUCGGCGAGAUCGAAGAAGAACUGCAGAAACAGAAAGGGCAUUUCGGUGAUGCUGAGUACUGGUUGUGUGGAGAGACCUUCACCAUUGCUGAUAUUUUCCUUUCUUGUGUAUUGCAUCGUCUGACCUUUGUAGGACAGGCUCACCGGUUAUUCAUUUCAAAGCGCCCUCUUGUGACGGACUACUAUAACCGUGUACUCGUUCGUAAAUCCUUCCGCAAAGAAUGCAUGUACGCAAACAGCGCGUUUUGGGCCAUGUUUGUCCCGAUGGUGCGUGCAACCAUGAAAAAGGCACGUCCAUUUAUUUCCGCUCUUUCCGCAGUUUCCAUUGGUGUAUAUGUGUAUUACAGAAGGAAUGAAAUCGUAGAUUUAGGAAAUCUAUUGUAUGAAAGGCUACGACUUUAUUUUUGGUAGUUGACAAAAAAAUACACAUAUCCCCCUUAAACAAACAAUUUUAUUCAUUUCCUCAAACAGUAACUGAUGCAAGCGCAACAUUUGUGAUGUUCCAACCAGAAAACUGGACAUUCUAAGCUUUUUUGUAACCAAAAACAGAAUGAGUAUCUUACUAAACAAUAAGUGAUGCGAGCGCGAAGCGCCAGCCAAACAAAUUGUGAUUUUCUAACCUUAAAUGUAUCUUGUUUUACUUCAAAAUGUGUAUUUUAUUUUCGAAAAAAGGCACAUUUCUUUGAGAAAAAAAAGGGCACCAACCUACAAUGUGCUGCAACUGCGACUCGCUUUGUGCAGUAGGAUCGCAGACCAAAACUCAUAUAUUAUUUUUUACAUGUAAAAUCUUUCUGCAUUUUUUUGCGAUUUUGCUCAGUUCAGCCAUUCAGGUUUAUCCUAGACGAUGACGUCAUGUCAAAUUCACUGCGUUGCUGCGGUGUAGACACAUUACACGCAAAAGAACAUGCGUUGUGAGAUGCAGCGCGCUGCAGAGCUGUCGCAUUGUUAGCUGCUGACCUGCAAUACAAUUGCACUGAUAUGCGAUUUGCAACUUUGUUGCAAUCGGAUCCUGGUUCAAUCGCAUCGCAAUGUGUGCGCUGAGCUUAAAUGAUGGCUUCUAUGAUAGAUACAGAGGAAUGGGUCUAUUUCUUUGAUUGAAUUCCAUAUAACAUUGUUACUGAAAUUUAAAAAGACGAUAAAAUACACGAUUAAGUUAUGUAGCGUUUAUGGCUCCAGAGCGCAUUUUUUAAAUGAAUUUGCUUGUUCGUUUCACUUUCUGAAGAAUAAAGGGAAACUAGUUAAAGUAAAAUUUUCUUCGGCUUUUCUU